AUGCCGAUCGUAAAACCAUUUCCAGUAGAAAAGGAGUUCGAGAAGAACCCGGAUAUAUCUCCAGAUGAUAUCCGGAAGUUGCGGGAAUGGUUGAAGACCCAGCCCCAUUUGCCGGAAGAACAUAUAACAGACUUAGACCUCGUGUGUACAUACUUCUGCUGUGAUAAAAGCGCUGAGGUGUCGAAACAGGUCCUCGACCUCCAUUACACCGUACGAACCCUUUUCACGCAACUGUUUAAAGAUCGGGAAGUCAACGACGCUGUACUACGGAGUUUGUCAUUGGUCCUUGCAGCUCCACUUCCGAUGCCAACAGUCAAUGGCUACAGAGCGAUCUAUUGUCGUCUGUUGGAUGGAGACGUCAAAAGUUUCGUCUUAUCGGAAAUAAUUCGUACCGUUUUGAUGGUGUUCGAUCUUUGGCAAUAUGAGGAAGGAACUUGGCCUGGGUUUGUUCUCAUUAUAGACAUGGAAUUGGUAUCUCUGGGUCACCUUCCGAAGCUAGAAUUGUUAACAGUGAGGCAGAUUCUCUAUUUUCUCCAGGAGUGCAUGUUGAUCAAAUUAAAAGAGGUGCACUUCCUGAACGCGCCUAGUUUUAUGGACAAGGUGAUGAUGAUUUUAAGGCCGUUUAUGAAAAAAUCCUUGAUCGAUAUUAUCAAUAUUCAUGAGCGCGCAUCGGAAUCCGUAUACAAGUUCCUUCCAAAGGCGUCUUUACCGAAAGAAUACGGGGGCGAAUACAAAAGUAUAUUCACAAUACGAGAUGAAACCAUCCGUCGUUUGCAAGAUAACAAGCAAUUUUACAUUGAUGAAAAUAAAAAACGAGUGAAUGAAUCCGUUCGUGCGAAUGGUAAAAAGAAAACUGUCGAAGAUCUAUUCGGUAUACACGGUAGCUUCAAGAAAUUGGACAUCGACUGAAAACGAACUAUCUACAAAUACUUCUUGAUAGAAUAAUUAUUAUCAUAUUA